AUGGUCUUUUUGUCCCAAGUUAGAAUACUAUUAACCACUCGUUCUUUGCAUGUAAACAGAUUACUUUUACGUACAAAUAAUGUCACACCCCCACUAGAAUUAAACGUGGUAAAGAAAUUGAAAGAUGUAGUAGGUUCCCAAGCUUCACAACAAAUAUCAAGAGAUGGCUCUUUAAUUAAGCUGGGUAUAUGGGUUGUGAUAUUUAGUUCUAUGCUAAUGCAUGUAAUAGAUAAGAAACAGCGAUACGAAGAAAUGGAAGAAAAAUAUAAUUUGAAGAUAGAUAUUUUAAAAAGUAUAAUAAACAGAAUGAACAAUGGAGAAAUAGUAGAUAUAGAUGAUGAGUUAAGAUUAGUAAAUCAAGCGUUAGAAAGAAGAAGUGUUAAAAGGUAUCCAUCACCUCUUCAGAAUUACAAGAAAAAAGAGUCCCCUUUUAUUGAUGGUACAGUAACAGAAAAUUCAAAUUCCCUCAUUGAUAAAGAUGUUAGCAGAGAAUCUUUGGAGGAUAUAUGGCAAGAUAUUUUGGCAGAUACAUCUAUUUCUCCACCUGAAAUACAUUACUCAAUUAAUCCUACCAUUACUUGUAUUACAUCAAAUGAUACUCAUGAUAAUGAUACAAUUUCUUCUGAUGAUAUUAUUAGAGAUACAAAUAUUUUAUUUCAAGCCUCAAAACAAGAAGAAGAAGAACUAAAGUAUUUCACUCCAACGAGUACACAUAUCAUUGUUCAAAAACCAGGAGAAUUAGUGGAAGCUGCUAAGGAUACUCAAAUGGCGAAAUAUUUGUGA